GAUCGCACGGCUUGAUUCUAUCUUGGCGGCUGGUAUACCGUGGGAAAAAGAAUCGCAGCACGCAACGCGACUCACGAGUGCGGACACGGCGACACGAGAGAGAGAGAGCGAGAGAGAGAGAGAGAGAGUGAGAGAGAGAGAAUGAGAGCGCACGCGACAGAACGAGAGUAACGAGACGCGGAGACGCAAAAGUGUACGCGGAUGGUACAUGCUGGACUCUCGAUGGGACAGGCAUACAACUCGACACGGCAACGGAUGUCGUGAAACACGCGUUCGCCCCGUCCCUCGAGGUGCCUCGAGGAGUCUCGACGUGGCACACGGUCGGGUCGCCGAGGAAAUCAGGAAAUCAGGAAAUGAGAAAUGACUAGAAGACUCUAUGCAACAUGCCACCAGAUAGACCAGAUGCAUCGGGUAUCGAAACUGACAUAGAACUGAUCUCGUCUCAGGAUUAUAAUUUUGGUGAGAACGUCACGAUGAACGAUAAGGAAAAAGAGAAUGCCAGCGUGCUGACCGACUCAAAUUCAACCAACGAUUGUCAAAGUGAAAUUCCUAAAUGGGAGAAGGCUAUGGAAAAGAACAGUCAGUCGGACGACGAGCUAACGUCUCUCAGUUGGCUACACCAGCAGAAUUUACUUAAAGGUUUAGACAUUUCGAACCCUUCCAAAAACAUAAAGCACGAGAACAUGCUGAACAAUAAUAUCUGUGACGAUAUGGCAGACUUUUCUGAAAAUACAAAUUCUGUAUCGAGCUUAGAUGAUAGUUUCUGUCCAGAGAAUAAUGGAAAAGCAAACGCAACCUUGAAUGGGAAUGGACAAAACUAUCAGCAUCCUGCCAAGAAUUGUCAAAAGCCCACGCAAAUAUUUCAAGAAUCUGCGAAAAGUCAUUACAAUAUUUCGCCAAGUAAUCAAACGAAGAUUUCUUUGAGCAACAACAAUUUGCCAAUGUCUUAUCGCAACAAGCAUCCUACCCAUAUACCAUAUGAUCCUCAUUUACACAGAAAUAGCAAACCACCGUAUUCAUUCUCUUGCCUCAUAUUUAUGGCUAUCGAAGAUAAUCCUGCAAAGGCACUACCUGUGAAGGAGGUUUACGCGUGGAUCCUGGAACACUUCCCAUACUUUAGGAACGCCCCUACUGGAUGGAAAAAUUCUGUUAGACACAAUUUAAGUCUCAACAAGUGCUUUCGGAAGGUGGAAAAAGCUCCGAAUUUAGGGAAGGGAUCGUUGUGGAUGGUUGAUGCACAAUACCGCCCAAAUCUGAUUCAAGCGUUGUCUCGCGCUCCUUUUCCUCCCCCUACAACUCAGAAUUUGUCUUCAUCGGAAAAGGUGCCUAGAAAAUGCAUAAAUACACGUCUCCCAGAUCCGGUUCUUUUUCCGUACCUAUCCAAAAGACUGGCGUCUAGCAAUAUUAAUGAUAGUGCAGAAACCGAGAUAGAUAGCGACGUUGACGCAGCAGCUGCCGCUAUGCUUUCCUUCAAGCAUGGACCUAUCAUUCUGAAUCACAAUAAAGAUCGUAAACGAAAAUUACCGGAAUCGGAAAAGUUGGUACCUGUAAUUACCAGAAGUUCCAGCGAGGACCAUACUUAUAGUUGUAUCGCCUCGAUAAAAUUAGGAAGCAAACAUUCAAACAAGGAAGAAUUAAAUCCAGAUUUUGAUGAACAAAGAAAAAUUGCAGAAGGUGCGGAUGCGCUUCUGAAUCUGGCUGGUGUUAGUACAGCUCUAAAUUACAGUAGAACACAUGUAACACAAGGUAUUAACACGGCAUCUAAAUCGGACGUUAUUUUAAAACCAAAAAAACGUUCUACCAGUGAGUACUCUAGUACGUCUGAAAAGAGACGUAAAAGAUGGCGAGACUGGGGAGAGGAAAAUCGAUACCUAAAACAAAUUAGAGGUUAACAUAGACACAUUUUGUUACAUUUUUCGAAAAGUGUACAUUAUUGAAAACUUUCCACUUAUGCGCGAGUCAGGAAAGCGUUUAAGAAUUUUACCAUCUAGUAACAGGAAGGUACUUUCAUUUUAUAGAAUAUUGUCAGUAAAUUCCUUAUUCGUUUCUAUAAACGUGUUUAGAGUCAACUUUUACGGAAAUUUCAUUGUUCGGAUUUCUCGUCGUAAACACACAAAAAAAACGCGCAUGUAAAUUCUUCCAUAACUUCUAGUUGUGCUAGUAAAAAGAAAAAGAAGGUUGUUGGAUGCAUUUCGAAUUCAUUGGUGUGGUUGCUCAGGGUUUACAACAUGCUAUAUGCCAAAAUACAUUCGGUAGCACUAAACAACAAGCAAUAAUAGGGAUGUAGUGUUAAAGAGAUACUUUUUAAACACGCUGUUGAAACAUGAAUACAAUUGAAUAGUACGUGGAUAUAUAUCAAUUAAAAAAAUUAUUAUUACGUACUGAAGUAAGUAAUAAUAAUCAUUUUAGAACUGUUGUAAGAGAAACGAUUAUAUUAAGUCAUAGAGAGUUUAAUUAAUGAUAAAGUUCUAUAUCAGUUUUCCUUUUUUUUGUAGAUAUGUAUAGAGGCAUAAUCAACAUCUGCUGUCACAAUGCCUGUCCCAAUAAUAACGAGACCUCUUAUUUGCAAACGUAACGUGGCGAUUUUCGACAGCCCCGGUUUGAUGCCCAGUGUUACCAUUUUUUAUUUCAACGGGAGUUUCUAGUCUCGUUAUUUUUGAGACAGGCUACACAUUCAAAAUAGAGAGAAAAAUCGAUAAUAUAUUUAAAAUUAUUACACGCAUAC